GUAAAGUGCUUUGGGCGUAUAUAUUUUGUAUAUUGUGGUGGACGGUAUAUACCAGACAUUAUACAUGAGGUAAAGAGAAGACUACUUUACAAGCCGUGGUCCCGCCUCCCCCGCUUUUUUUUUAUUUUUCCCCUCCAAAUUAUUGCCGACCACACAUCUCGCCGUUGUGUUCCAGAACACACCAUCCGCGGAUUCCCCCUUCCUCCCCCGAGCGCCGCCACCACCAUCCCCCCACCCUCCUCCCUCCUCCGCCUCGUCGACGCGGCGGCGAUGGCGUCCACGCGGCAGCAGAACCUGGGCCCGGAUGUUCUACCCCAUGCCACUGCCGAUGGAUGCGCGGCGGCGGUUGAUGUUAGGGUGUCCAGCGACAUUGCCAGUCAAUAAGAACCGGGCACAAUCAAGAAGAACCCGGCGGAUGAUGUUAGGGUGUCCAGCGACGGAUCUCAUCCUGAGUUGCGACGAACACGAAUGCCACAAGCACGAGAGAGAGAGAGAGAGAGAGAGAGAGAGGUGGAGGCGGCGGAGGGGAGGCUGCUGCUGCUGCUGCGGCGGCGGCGCAUUUGAAUUGGGGUGGGAGGAGGCGGAGGGGAGGCGGCGGCGGCGGCGGUGGAGGGGGAUGGUGAAGCUGAGCACGGUGGCGGUGGUGGCGUGGGUGCUGGCGUCGGCGGCGCUCUGGGCGGGGCUGCACUGGCGCUUCCGCCGCCCGGCGCUGCACAAGGCCGAGGAGGCCCUCGUCUGCAUUUGCGAGGAGCGCGCCCGCAUGCUGCAGGACCAGUUCGCCGUCUCCGUCAACCACGUCCACGCCCUCGCCAUCCUCGUCGUGACCUUCCACUACGACAAGCACCCUCCCGCGCUCGACCAGGACACGUUCGCCGUGUACGUCGCGAGGACGUCCUUCGAGCGGCCGCUGCUGAGCGGCGUGGCGUACGCGCAGCGGGUGGUGCACGCCGACAGAGAGAGCUUCGAGCGGCAGCAAGGGUGGAUCAUCAAGACCAUGAAGCACGAGCCGUCCCCAGCGCAGGACGAGUACGCCCCGGUGAUCUACUCCCAGCCUCCCAGGAGACCAUCUCCUACAUCGAGGAAGAGGAGAGGAGAGUCCUAAGUCCAUGUCAACAUUUCAUAUCUCAGGAAGAGUUUGAAGCAAAUGAGGAAACAGGGAGGCUGAUCUGUGGCCACAGCUAUCAUGUGCAAUGCAUAAAGCAGUGGCUUUCUAGGAAGAACACCUGCCCUGUCUGCAAAACUGUUGUCUCAAAGACAUGAAAUCCAAUCAGUCCCUAAGCACACUUGAACUGAAAAGUGUGAAAAGGACUUGCUCUUUCACAGUGUUGUUUGUGAUUGUACAGCUCUGUUUGUACAUGAUGCUUUGUGUAAGCACAAGCCUGAAGCAAACCAUCUCAUUUGCAUAUAGCAGUUUACAUGUUUUCAGUUUUCCCAGUGUCUACUGAGUGUUAAGCAUUUGCUUGUAGAAACUUACAUGUUUUCAGUU